AUGAGUAAGUCUCUUUCUGGUAUUCAAAGGCAGGCUGGCCCUGGAGAUGCUACAAGUAUGAGGUCCUCCUUCCUAGAAUUUCAACAUGCAGUAUCAACAUUUAAGCCUGGAGAGCACUCCAUGGAUGAUCUUCCCAAGCAACUUCCCAUCUUCAACUGGAAAACUGGAAAGUAUAAAAGAGCGUCUGGUUUGGAACCAGAGAGAGGGAGGAGGGUAAUAAGUAUGCCGCCGCUACCAAGCUUAGAUAGAAAGGUAUCCAAGUAUUUACCAGAUCUUCCUCAAUCAAAUGGAAAGCGAACAGUCUCUCUGAAUUUUGAGAACUAUAAGCUCAAGCAACAUACCGCAGCAUUUUCGAAGCCUCCUCCAACAAUUUUUGAAGAGGAUGAGCGACCGCAUAUCAACCCAACGUCUGUGAAGUUAGAAUCUACGCAUAAUAUUCAAUUACCGCAAAUAAUGGCUCUUCCAAGUGAUGAUGAUUCGACUUUAUUUUCAGAUAUUCCAACUACAACCGUAUCUUCACUUUAUGAGAGUUCGGAUGAUAUGGGCUCAGAUACGAAGUCUGGCGAUUCAAGUGAGUUACAAAGUACUAGUUCAGGAGCCACAUCGGACAUAAUUUCAUGCUAUGUAGAUAUCAAUGAUCUUCAACAGUGGGACACCAAUACGGACUACGAGGUGGGAAGCUAUAUAGAUAGUUUAUUUGGGAGUGAUUAUGAUGAAGCUGAUCAUGCUACUCAUGUAACUUCAAGAGCAUCUAAAAUGUCUCAAAUGUCUAAAGCUCUUCCAUCUAUACCACAUAGUGAAAAUGAAAUAAGGGUUAAUAAGUUAAGAAAGGGGUUGCAAGAAACAUGUUCCCUGCCACUGGUAAAUAACAGUCGUGGUUCUAUGAUUUCUGAUAAUCGUUCAUUAUCGCUAUCGCCCAUUAAAAGUAUAUCUGACUCAAAGCACGAAAUCAAAUCAUUUGUAAGGCAAAGACCCUACAGUGCAUGCUUAGACCUUGGAGAUAACUACAAUUAUUCAAGAUAUAAUAUUCCCCAUGAAAAAAAGGGCGCCAUGUUUCGUUGCUUUAAUAAUACUCCAUAA